GCGCAGAGCAGAUACACAUUCUCCUACAUAUCGCGCUGCUGGCAUUGGGAAUUUCCGAAAGUGUGUGCAAUGUAUUAACAGAGAAUCGAGUCUGAAUUGUUCACGCUGCCAGAGAGACCACCUUUGUAAUUGUGCUCUGCAAAGGUAAGAAGAUCCUUAGAAAAUGCCUGAGCAGAGUAAUGAUUACAAUGUCGUGGUGUUUGGGGCUGGGGGUGUCGGAAAAAGCUCCCUGGUGCUACGUUUUGUCAAAGGCACCUUUCGAGAAACCUAUAUUCCCACCAUUGAAGACACCUACAGGCAGGUGAUCAGCUGUGAUAAGAGUGUCUGCACCCUUCAGAUCACUGAUACCACAGGCUCACACCAGUUUCCAGCAAUGCAGCGGCUCUCCAUUUCCAGGGGACAUGCUUUUAUCCUAGUCUACUCCAUCUGCAGCCGUCAGUCCCUGGAGGAGCUGAAACCCAUCUACCAGCAAAUCCUUCAGAUCAAAGGCAAUAUUGAGAACAUCCCAGUCAUGUUGGUGGGCAACAAAUGUGACGAAACAGCCAAGGAGGUGGACAGCAAGGUGGGGGAAGCAUUGGCAAUGGAAUGGAAAUGCGCUUUCAUGGAGACCUCAGCCAAGAUGAACCACAAUGUCAAAGAGCUUUUCCAGGAACUGCUUAAUUUGGAAAAGCGCAGAUGUAUGAGCCUGAAUAUUGAUGGGAAGAAGUCCAAACAGCAGAAGCGAACAGAGAAAUUAAAGGGAAAAUGCAGCAUCAUGUAGACUGUACUCUGCAGUCAAAUGGCAGCUUUGCUUAUUUCAAUUAGACUGUUAGGCAAUCUGUACAGAAGAGCAUCCAUGCUACACCAUCCCCUAUUGCAUAUUAAUUCAACAUCCUGUCCUUUAUAUGCUGACUAAAGUACCAUAACUUGCCAACAUCAAAUUUUGUUUGUUUCACUCAUUGUAUUUUCGAAUUAUUUAGAGUUUAGGCAAUAAAACCUCUUAAACAUAUAAAUAACAAAGAACUUAAUUUGAUCAAAGGCAAAAUUCAUGACUAAAGCAGAUGAGCUUCAGCGAGCCUCCACUGGAAUCACUCUCUCAAGGUCUUUGACAAGAGUUCCUUUGAGUGUCCAUUCUCCCAAGUAUACUUUGUAGUAUUAUAGGUAGGAUGGAGGUUACAUGAACAAUCCUUGUAGGUAUGAUUAAUUCAUAUACUUUUGGUCUCUGUGCCUAUUAUCUACCCUACAUCAUAAGGUAAUUUACUGAAUGUAUUAACUUCUUAAACUUAUAUUAUGUAAAAAGCACAUUCUCUAUAAUCGCUAUAGAUUUUGUGGCCUUUGGUAAUAAAUAGCCACAAAUGAGUAUCAAAACAAUCACUCUUGAAUAGUCAUCCCACUGUAGUCAGGCUGCCCAGCUUUGGAAGUUUUCUACUAUAUUCUGCCUCAUUUAAUUAAAUUAUUGGUUACUUCUCAUUUCAAAUAUAAUCAUGGUAACUAGGAGAUACCAGGAUAAGGACUAGCAAUGACAAUAGAAGCACAAUACUAGGAAAAUGGGAGCAAGCCAAGCAACAUACAAACCCUGUGUCAAAUACCUACAGAUAUAAAACAUGGUAUAAGUGCCUAUAGAGGGACAGGGGGAGUUAAGAGAGUUUUAACUAGUUAAUCCACCAAUAUUUUGCAGUGGACCCCCCAGCUUGAUUUUGAUUUCCUUUCUUUCUACAUUAUAACUUUGUACAGCAUGCAGAAUUACAUCCUUGUCUCUAUGGGGUCUUAGGAAUUGUUAAAAUAAAUUAAACCCGGCCUGCAGAGCACAAUAAAGCACCUGACACAGACCACCAUUUGCUUACUUAAGAAAUGGUUACAGUGCAAAUCUAAGUGAGAGAAAAAGCUGAAAAACGAUGUAGCAUUAUGUUAUCUUUGAUAAGAUACAAUCUAUUGUUCUAUAUUUAAGGACGUCCUCAUCAUUUCUGAGCUAUUUUAACAACACCACCAAAAUAAAAGUAUAGGUAGCUUACCUGCCCUAUGGAUCAUGGUCAUCUCCAUUAUAGAAAGAUUGGUUUAAAGGAGAUUUUGCUGAAUUCCCAGCACCUUAAGCAGUACUACUCUUGGAGGACUAUCCCUGUAUAUAGUUGUACUACACAAAAUACUUAACACGUAUACACACAGUGCUAGUGUAUUUGAACUUAUUGGUGUUUGUGCUGAAUUAUUAUGAUGUGUUUCAUCCUCCCAAUUUUCAUGGAUGGAACAGUUGAUCACUUGGAAUCUUGAUGGUGGUAUUUUGGUCACUGGAUGUUCUCAUACUGGGAAUUGUGCCCAGACAGGACACAACAACACAUUAGUGUUCUGAUACCUCUCACUCUCCAUGGACUCAGCUCCAGAUUAUUUUGAUUUGAAGCUAUAGGACCGAAGGCAACAUUGUGCCCAGUGUAGGAGCUGCACUGAGAUUCUCAAAAGUCAGUGUUCUGUUGAGCAAACAACUCAUAUUUAGUUAUGACCUAGGUUUUCAAAAUUCUCAUCUCAAAUUUGGAUUAAGAACCAUUCAUGAUUUAUUACGUAUAUUGUGAACCCCUUGUCUGCUUCAGUCCAUUUUUCACUCUCAGUGCCAGAUUUUAUUAGGUAAGAUCUCAACUCAAAUUACUCAGCUUUCCAUUAUUUGCUUACCUCAAACAGACCAAUGGACUCCUGUUUUAUAACCAUUUACCCCAUGGAGGUAUUUACUAUGAAUUUUGGCCUCAUAGAGUACUGAGAGAGAUUUUAUACAGUUGAGAACACAAGCAUUACUUACAGGUGCAUGUCAAAUUGGAACGCCAACCAGUCCAAACCUUGCAGGCUGACCAGUUUUCUGCAUUACAUGCAGUGCACUAGAGAUUAGUCUAUGGGCAACAUCAGUGCUCACCCAGUAGAAUAAAUGUUUGCAUCAUGUCAUCUAUUUACUCCAAUGCAUGAAUGAACAUCAAUUGAGUCUGUAGGUCCAACAGGCUAGAAUUAUACCGGAUAAUAAUAUUUUUAUGAAAUUUACAGUUUAUUGUAGAAGAUAGUCUUCCUUUAACAAAUGAAAUAUUGCCAGGUCUCCUCAAUGUAACAUGUUUGCUGAAUGUGUUUUUGCUAA